AUGUUUUUACCUCCAAGUGGUACGGGCGAAACUUAAGCAGUGAUGCGUUCAAAGGAGAUCAAAACUUACGGAGAAAGGGAAACAACAUACCAAUUUUUCAUCCUAUAAAUAACAACGCACAUUGCUCCCAGACAGAUGUCUUCGUUCUUGCAAGAUGCUGUGAUAACAGAGUCCGUGCUUGUUGGUGCAAGCUUGAGUGACAUCCAAAGAUUGUGCAAGGCAAGAUCACGGUUGCUCAACUCCACAGAACGGACCGUCAUAUGGCCAAAACUUGCUGGACUCCCUGAUGAGGUCUAUGGAGAAGUUGAUGAAGGGUGGAGAACACAGCCAUGUCAUAGAGAUGAGGAUCAGGUAAUGCUUGAUGUUCAAAGAACUCAGUUCCUGGUGCGGUCGGGAUUACAGACCAAGGAUAAUGAAAAGUACCGUGAGGAGCUCAAUGACCUCAUCGUAAGGCUAUUGAGGGAGCACCCAACUUUGUCAUACUACCAAGGCCUCCAUGACAUUGCGGCACUGAUACUUAUUGUACUGAAGGAUAGAGAUGAACCAGAAGUUACGUACAAGUUCUUUGAGAUGUUUUCGUUUUGUCAUUUGAGAGACUUCAUGAUGCCUGACUUGACAAUGUCCACUCAAAUGUUGAACAUGGUUCCUGAAUGCAUAUCGCUUGUGGAUAGACAACUGUACGACGAAUUGAGUUUGGAAAGUAUGAAGCCGUUUUUCUGCUUAUCACCAAUCAUUACAUUGCUCACACAUGACAUCAAAAACUUUUCAUCGUUAUGUCUUAUAUUUGAUCAAGUUCUAGCAUGUGGAUCCAUCGGCAUUGUAGUCUAUAUCUACGUGGCAUUAAUGAUCAAUCAACAGGAUAAGUACCUUGAAAAGAUUAGAUUGAUGGAGCAGGAGGACAUGUUUUCUAGGGAAGACUUGGUCCAUAACGCAUUAUCCAAGUUCCUAAUGGAUGUUUCUUUAGACGAUGUUGAAUUGGCCAUUGCAGAUUCGUACAAGAUUCUUGAGAAGUGGCCGCUAGAGAAACUGAAGAGCUUUAAAAGACUGAGGAAAUGGAGUGUGAUGAAGACCACGUCUAAGGUCUACGUGGGCGACAUAAGGAAGCUUGUACAAUUUAGGGCUGAGACCGAUUUUGAUAAACUAAUGAAGAAGCAAAUGAUGCCGUCACCUAUGAUCGUGAAAUUGUUGAUGAAUGAAAAGAAUCACCGUCUAAUAAAGAUCUCCCUUAGCGUUGGUAUCAUCAGCAUUGUCCUUAGUAUACUGUUAAACAAACACCAUCCUCAGAGGUAUACUGCCCUUUGCCAGACAGUAUCGAGUUGGUUGGUAAACACAAACCACGCAGGAAAACUGCAUUCAUUCCUUGAUGGAUUAGGAUUGCCGUGAGAUGUGAUCUAUAUAUUGAAUUGACUAUUCUAUCCCCACUUCGUAGA